CAAAAAGAAGAAGCAAAAGGUGUGAACGGUUGAUGAGUCGUGUCCUACUUACAUCUUUCUCUAACUUGCAGCCUCCCCGUGGUCAUGGGAUAACGUUGGCACACUUUCAUCUCAACGCAGCAAGUACUUAAGCCUCGAAAAGAAGACGUGCACACCGUGCGAUCUACGCCGAAGAUGUUCCCCACGUGGCCGGUGGAUCUUCGAUCGAUCAACCUGAUCAACUUCUUGUUCGUGAACCUGAUCUUGACCGUGGUGGUGCUGGGCGGUUUGUUGGCGACGAUCGAGAAGCAUCUUCCCACCGCCAUCCGGCAAACGUUCCGGUACGGCAAGCACGCGCUCAAGGGAACACCGCCUGAUCGUCUGGUGUCGCUGCUCGAAGUGCCGAAAGCAUGGUUCAAACACUUUUACGUCUUUGCCGCUCUGUGGUCGGUGGCGGGGUUCUACUACAUGCUGCAGGCUUACCUUACCGGCCGUCCCGCUCCCGAUUAUGUGAUCAACUUUCUCGACACGAUGGCCACCAAUAGGCGCCCGGUGCGUACGACCCCGACGGAGACGAUGGUCGCGAUGACGCUCAUCACGAUGCAGUGUUUGCGGCGCUUCUACGAAACCUGGUUCGUGCAGGUGUUCUCCAGCAAGCUGAAGAUCAACCUGUCCGCCUACCUCGUGGGAUACAUACACUACUUCUGUACCGUCGUCACGAUCCUAUCGCAAGCCGAGGGAUUCACCCGUGCGGGUCCCAUUACGCUGCCCACCAGUGCGUACCGUUUCGAACCGACCCCGGGGCUGGCCAUCGCCAUCGGUGCAUUCUUCUACGCUUGGUGGCACCAGUACCGAGCGAAUGUGAUUCUGGCGAACCUGCGGAAGGAUCGUACGGGCCGGGUGAUCAACCAGAAGCACAGCCUACCGACGGGAGACUACUUUGAGGUCGUUUCCUCACCCCACAUGUUCUUCGAGAUCGUGAUGUACGUGGUGCUGUACGGGAUUCUGCACCGUAACACCUCGAUGGCUUACGUGCUCCUGUGGGUCGUCUCGAAUCAGCUGAUGAACUCCUGGCUCACGCAUCAGUGGUACCGGGAACAGUUCCCCGACUAUCCCAAGCAACGGCGGGCGUUGAUACCGUACGUGAUUUAAGUCCUAGGUCGUCGCCGCCGCCGCCGCGAUUCCAUUUUACCAUCGGUGCCGGGUGUCCUUUCCACAAUCUUUCAUGGUGCUAUUCUGUUGAUAAGUAUUUAUACAUUCUCCGUCUGUUGAGAAAGAAUAAAAGCUAUUUAUACUGUUUCUAA